CGAUCGCCUGGUAUAACUGAAAGCUCAGAAAAGAUUGUUCAAUCUUAUUGUAAACGUCAUGGCAGAACAAUCGAGUUUCACUUUUCUUGCGGAGAAACAGCUGAUGUACCAGAGAUCCCACCAGCGCAACGCACUAAUCGAUUGGUUGAAGGUUUUGAUUUCAUGAAAUAUUGUUUCUUUAAACAUUUCAAUGAGCUUCCAAUGUUAAUGGACACAAUCAACCUUGAAUGAAUACUGGUUUAUAUUACGUUGAAAUCAUAUUUACGCUGCUAUGUACACAAAUAAGUUACUCGGUUCCAGUAAUCAUUUCAUUUCACAUCAUUUCACAUCGUUUCACCUUCAAUAAGAUAAUCAAGUUUACAAGAAAUUUUUUACUUUGGUUAACAAUGAUAAUCAACUGGAUUGAACAUCGUUUUUUUAAAUCAUUUUUUCCGAUAUCUCUUAAUACAUUUGUAUUAACAGUAAUCCUAUCGCUACCUUAAUCUGAUUACCCCCUAAAUAAUUCUCGAUUCCCUUCGAGACAAAAACAUUGAUGAUAAAACAUCAGUUGAUCUUUUUUCUGAGUCCACUUUCUUUGUACCUGUAUAUUGUGUUCAUUUAUAUAUAUUUACAUGAAGACAUAACGUCUGAAAUCUUCAUAAUUAAUAAUCAAUCGAAAGUAAACAAUUCAAAAUGAGUGAAUCUUCCAAAUCAACUCCACUAAAACCAAUACUGUCUUUCAGUGCAAUAUUUUUUUUCAUUUCUGUGCCAUUUUUCACAGCCAAUAACAUUCAGCAACUUGUUGCGGACUCAAUUAAUGACGAUUAUAAGGAUGCUUGGGAUGGAUUCAAAUGGAGCGGUUAUGUAAGCUUAGCGAUACUUUAUUGGGCCAAUGGCAUAACACUUUGGUUGACACCUUCAUUGAUCUCAUACAUUAAUUCAAAACGGGCAAUCGCUCUGGGUGCAUUUGGUUUCAAUCUUUCACUAAUAACUUUCAUGUUCCCAUUUAAGUAUGGCUUGUACUUUUCAACAAUCCUUUCAGGUUUAGCAACAUCAGUCAUGUGGAAUGGCCAGGGUUCAUAUGUGUCUACAAUCAGUGAUGACAAUAGUAUCACUCGAGAUACUGGCAUAUUUUGGGCAUUCUUGCAGUGCGGCACUGCUGUGGGGAACGUUGUUGUUGCCUUUUUAUUUCAAAACACUGACCAUAUUGAAAAAACCACUCGAUCUGUUUUGUACUCAUGUUUAAUUGGCUUCGGUUUAGUCGGCAUUUUUCUGUCCUUUUUCCUGAAAACGCCAUCCAAAGAAAUAUCUGAAAAACCUGUGAAAAUGUUUGUAAAAUCGGUUAAACAAUUGGCCACAAAGAGACUUGCUUUAUUGGCAAUCACAUCUGCUUACACUGGUUUGGAGACAUGUUUUUUUGCCACUCUUUAUGGGACAUCAGUUGGAUUUACUAAAGCAUUUGGGAGCCACAGGAAACAGCAUGCUGGAGAAACUGGAACCUUAAUUGGACUGGGUCAAGUUUGUGCUGGACUUUUAUUGAUAUUAACACGAAAACACAAAAAGCCAGAGUUUAUUUUGAUAAUUGCUUAUGUGUUGUCAUUAGUGACUUUCACAUGCAUCUAUCUGAAUAUUCCCGAUACAGCAACGCUUGGAGACACAGAUGAACUUGCAGUUAUACAUUCGAGUUUGCCGUUGGCUUUGAUUUGUGCAUUUUCACUAGGAUUUAUUGAUGGAUGCUUCGAAACACAAAUCUUCCGAUAUAUAAUCAAAUUUUAUGCCGAAGAUAGUACGGGUCCAUUUGCCAUUUAUUUGAGUCUUCAAGCCUUGGCGAUGGGAUUGAUGUAUCUAUGCUCUGGUUCCUUUGGUAUCCAUUUUCAUUGUAUCAUGUUGAGUAUUACUUGCACUAUUGGAACAGCUUGUUUCUUCCUUAGCCUUAGAGUUAAAGACUCUGAUGAUAAAGUCGAGGAUAAUGUUUCCAAAACAAACUCUCAUGAGCUUUAUACAAUAGAGACAAACACAGCACAACAAAUAAGAUCAACAAAUUAAAUGUUCAUUCCAGUCAAGGUUUGAAAUAAGAAAAAAAUGAAA